CCUAUCUUCUGACAAAGUCUAACCCAAACACACAGAGAGAUGACUGUGAAGCCCUGGGUUCUCCUACUUAUCAUGCUCAUCUAUAGGGUUGUGAUGAUUCUGCCUGUGCUGGGAGGCCUCAAGAACAAGGCUUUUUUUGGAAGAACAGUCACUGAGCAGUGCUGGGUACAGCCUCCAUUAAAGUAUUGUGCGAAGAGGUGCACUAAAUUAUUGGAGUGUUUAUCUCUCAAUCAUACAUGCUGUUGGACCUUCUGUGGAAACGUUUGCUUGGACAAUAGAGAACCUUUUAAAUCCAUGUUAAACUUCUAGGUGUGGGUUAGAGGAUGACUGUGUAGUCUAAGAAGAGUGC